AUGCAAUCGUCAAUCAUGCGAAGUAUGCCGACACCAGAAAAAGAGGUUUCCCUCCACAACCUAACGGGUAACCUCAGUAUCGAUGAGCUCCGUAGGGCGCUUCAUCCCGCUGUCUGGGAUCCUGUGUACCUAGGCGCCCUGAGGGUAACUGUCGUAGAGAAGACGCAACUUCUCCAUUUUGCCGCACCUUCCCCAUCCCUCCUCAUCAAUGGGAAUUUCACGCCCACCGACCUUGUCGAGGGGCUUCUCUUCGACGGGUUAUUCUAUUGGGCGAAAGAUGCCCGCACCCGAAUGCUUGAGUCGAUCGCCACCACCGCCGCUAAACUCUGGCGCGCUAAUCCCGAUGACCUCGAGUCGUUUAUCGAGCUUGUCCUCAAGUACUUGACCGAAUAUACCUUUACUUCCGAGACUACCACCGUGAAGCGUUUCGGCGGAUACGAACCCCCAUCUGACCUCUCCCUCUACUUCAACGGGCAAAUCUUCUUCUUCGACCCGAGCAUCGCGGUAUGCACUUCCGACAAAGCGCCAAUUAUCACGGUGGUCACUCCCUCACGCGGGCACGGGGACCCUAACUUCCAGCUUGUCGGGUACCUCCUUGCCGUUGCGCAGAAGCACUUCAUUCUCAACCCCGAGCGCGUUGUAUACCGGCCGCUCCUCAUCUACCUGGCGGCUGGUUCCCUUGCCCACUUCGUUACCGCUACAGUCACCAGGCAGUGUCUCGGCAGCGCCGAGAAUGGAAUUGUAGACGACGAGAAGGGAGGCUUCCUGGUCCGGAUCAGCGAUGUGUUCAAUCUUAAGUUUGUCGCUGAGAGAGUGAAAUUCGUGUGUGCACUCACCAGUAUCUAUGAGGUGUUACUCUAUCGCGAAGUAUUGGCGCAUAUUCCCGAUAACUAGCUCACGGAUAGCCGUUCUUCCUCUUCUCCCUCCCAGGGAUAGUAUAGUAACCUAAGGGAAAACAUCAAAUGCGGGGCUCUUCCCUGUUUUUUUAUAGUGCA